GAUAUACGGAGGACCAGUGACCACGCCCCCACGCUGAUGUGGACCCGCCCCCCAUCCAGAUGUGCUGCCCACCGGCGUCUAGUCUAGUGAUCAUCCGCGGUCUGCAGAGCGUGGAGCUCCGUAGAGUCACAACAGGAGGCUGGAGAGAGACACCAAUGACAGGAUUCACUCGUUUCUACAAAAAUAAUUAAUCGUCCAUCAGGGGUGCUUUGCAUGUACCUGGCCAACUUGAUCCAUAAAUUAUGGCGAAGCAAUUGAAAUCAUCUUUUUGAAUGUGAAGAAGCAGCAGCAGAGAGCUUCCUCCUCAUCUUCUUUUUCCUGUGCUCACCUCCAACAUGACUUCACUGUCUGGGUCCAAGGAGAGAUCUGUGGCCGGACGGGGCAGGAAAUACACGGUGCCCGACACAUCCCCCACUAAAUCGGCCUCCUUUUUCCCGGACACUUGGUACCGUAAGACGUAUGAGGAAACCACCCGGUCCAACUCUCGUCCUGCCCCAGAGGGUGCUGGCUCCAUGCCCAGCUCCACCGGCACCCCAUCCCCUGGCUCAGGGAUCUCCUCACCAGGCUCCCUCUCUGGUUCACCGGGGAACAUCUCACCAGGGAUUGGCACGGGCUCUCCCGGGUCUCUCGGCGGCUCUCCAGGUUUUGGGACAGGCUCUCCGGCCUCAGGCAGCGGAAGUUCCCCUGGGAGUGAAAGAGGGAUUUGGUGUGAGAACUGCAAUACAAGGCUGAUAGAGCUGAAAAGACAAGCGUUAAAGCUCCUAAUCCCAGGACCUUACUCCAGCAAGGACCCGUCCUUCCCCCUCCUCCUCCAUGAUAAGCUGCAGGUCCCCAACAGUUCCCGGCGGGCAUGGAAUGAGCGUGACAGUCGCUGUGAUGUGUGCGCUACUCACCUCACUCAACUCAAACAGGAAGCCGUGCGCAUGGUCCUCACCCUGGACGAGUGGGACUUGUCUCCCUCCUCGUCCCCUCCUCCACUCUUUGGACGCUACACCUCCCAGGGAGCUUUAGGAGCAUCAGGCUCACGAGAGUGGCCAUCCCCGUUCCUACCAUCUUCUUCCUCCUCAGUUGCUGCUUCUGCCAUUUCGCACCCUUCUCGCUCCUCGUCCCCGUCGCCUUCACCGAGUCCAGGCCAGACCCCUACUCCCAGCCCCAGUCACGGACCAUCUGCAACAAGUCACGGGAGUCCCACAAACCAACAAACUCAUAUUGCAGGGAUCAGACUGGGGUCCAAACCCAGCUCGCUGGGGAUUGGAGGUGUUGCGGAAAGACGGAAUGGGUCACCCGGUUCUGGAAAAGCAGCUGUGGCUCAAGUGAGUGCAGUGAACAGUUCUUGGAAUAGCAGUGCAAACAGUAGCAACAACACAACAGGUCUACAGCAGCUAAAUAGAACUAAUGGCGGAGUCACACUCUAUCCAUACAAGAUCUCUCAGAUGGUCUCAGAGGCGUCCAGAGAGGGUUUGAGUGAGGCUGCUUUGAACCGCUACAACACACACUCACCUUCACACACAAACUCUUCUUCACACACAAACUCACCUUCACACAGUCUGGCGACCACCACCACCACAGCACAGACCACCAGCUCGACUGCUGCCUCUUUCUUUGCCAGAGCUGCACAAAAACUGAAUUUAACAUCCAAGAAGAAGAAGCUGAAGGCCACCACAGCGCCGGUGCCUGUGACAACAUCCUCACCGAUGUGUGACUCCCAUCUUUUCCCAACCAAUUUUAGCUCCGCCCUCUUGAUCGCACCACCCCCAGCUCCGCCCUGCCUUCUCCGUGCAGCCAAUAAGAUCAAAGACACACCUGGUCUCGGCAAGGUGAAAGUGAUGGUUCGUGUUUGUCCGGUGUCUCAGUCGGACGCCGUGGCGUCCAGUUCUUUCCUCAAAGUGGACCCCAGGAAGAAACAAAUAACUAUCAUGGACCCAUCGGCCAAUCAAAUGCCUAGCACCCCCUCCCAGAAAAAAGCAGGGACCAGUCAGGUGCCUCCGAAGAUGUUUACUUUUGACGCCGCCUUCCCUCCUGAUGCAUCGCAGGCGGAAGUGUGUGCUGGAACGGUUGCCGAGGUGAUUCAGUCGGUAGUGAAUGGAGCAGAUGGAUGUGUCUUCUGCUUUGGACACUCCAAGCUAGGCAAAUCCUACACCAUGAUCGGCCGCCAUGACUCCCUCCAGACGCUAGGUAUAAUCCCCUGUGCCAUCUCCUGGCUCUUUAAGCUCAUCAAUGAGAGGAGAGAGAAAACAGGGGCGCGCUUCUCUGUUCGUGUGUCUGCAGUUGAGGUUUGGGGCAAAGAGGAGAACCUUAACGACUUACUGUCAGAGGUGGCCACAGGAAGCUUGCAGGAUGGCCAGUCACCUGGAGUCUACCUGUGUGAGGACCCCAUCUGUGGCAUGCAGCUCCAAAACCAGUCGGAACUGCGUGCUCCCACACCAGAGAAGGCAGCCUGGUUCCUGGAUGCAGCGAUCGCGGCGCGCAACAGCAGCCAACGUCCCAGCAACGCCACCGAAGAAGACCACAGGAACUCCCACAUGCUGUUUACAUUACACAUUUACCAGUACCGCAUGGAGAAGACAGGCAAGGGCGGAAUGUCGGGAGGUCGCAGUCGCCUCCAUCUGCUGGACCUGGGCAGCUGUGACGUCGGCAUACUUGCAGGCGGAACGAGCGGCAAAGGCAGGGAAAGCUCUUCACCCGGCUCGGCGCCUUUGUGUCUUUCCCUGUCAGCCCUUGGCAACGUCAUCCUGGCCCUGGUCAACGGGAGCAAACACAUCCCAUGCAAGGAUAGCAAGCUGACCAUGUUGCUAAGGGAGUCGCUAGGCAACAUGAACUGCCGCACCACCAUGAUCGCUCACAUCUCGGCCUCUCCUGGUGACUUCUCGGAAAGUCUCUCCACCAUUCAGCUCGCAUCUCGCGUCCUCCGCAUGAAAAAGAAAAAAACUAAAGUCUCCGUGCAGUACACCUCCAGCUCCUCUGGAGGAGAGAGCUCCUGCGAGGAAGGUCGCAUGCGUCGUCCCACCCAUCUGCGGCCUUUUCACCACCGCGGUGACCCCGGCUCAGACGUCCCACUGCUGCGCCUGUCCAGCGACCCGGAUGAGUAUUCCAGCAGCGAGCAGUCAUGUGACACGGUCAUCUACGUGGGUCCCAACGGUGCCGCUGUAUCAGACAGGGAGCUGACGGACAAUGAGGGUCCACCGGAGUUUGUGCCCAUUGUUCCUGCCUUGCUGCGAGCUAAAACAUCAGAGGUACAGCAUCAGAGUCAGCAGGUGCAGCCUGAGCCAGAGAGCCAAGGGCAGCAUGAAGGUCCAUCUCAGCCCCAGCCUGCUCAAUCACUACUAGGACAGCCAUUAGCCCCUGUGCCUGAGGAGGGGGCCGAGUGCCUGAAGUGCAACACCUUUGCUGAGCUGCAGGAGAGACUGGACUGCAUUGAUGGCAGUGAGGAGGUAACUAAGUUUCCCUUUGAGGAGGUUCCAGCCAACAAACAAGGAUCCAAAGAACCAUGCUUCCCUUCUCCGGGCGCAGCUGCUCCUGCUGAGCCCAACUCUGCUGCUCCAUUAGAUAAAGAAGCCAAAACAGGGUCUCCACCUACUCCAGAACGUGCACUCCAGCUGUCUUCCCCCUCAGCCGCCACAUCAAGGAAGACCAAUGACCAGCAGUUGCAGGACAUCAAGGAGGUGGUGGAGGAGGCUGAGCUGGCCCAGACCAUGAUCCACAGUCUGGCUCAGAGUUCCAGCACUAUGACCCAUAUUACUGGAAACAGGAAUGUCACCGGAAGCAUCACCUCUAAUCCUCUGCACAGGGCCAAGGCCUCGCACCUGUAUGAAAGUCGUGAGAGCCUGACCGUGGGAGGUAACACUGACGCAAAGACACGCCCACUUGGAUCACCACGCCUCGGCAUUGCCAGUCUAACUAAAACCUCAGAAUAUAGGGCUCCGUUGUCGCCGUCACAGCGGUGUAAAGUGUACACCCAGAAGUGUGUGAUGCCAGCGACACCUCCUCUCCCUUCACACAAUUUGGCUCAGGAUGGACAAACCACAGACGCUUUGACCUCUGACAACAGUUUGGCUGCAGACAGUGGACGCUCCUCCACUGAGUCCCCACUGUCUAGAACUUCUCCUGUGGGUAUGAGCCCCCAAGUCAAAGAUCCGAUUCCAUCCCUGUCUGCCAGCUUGGGCUCAGCUGAAACACUCUGCGAUGAUGAUGUCCCCCCUAUACCCUUGGACACACACAGGGAUGCAUCCAUGCCAGCUGGACCUCACCUGCUCUGUCAGGAUGUAUUACUAUACCCGGGGGUUCCUGGUGGAGAAGAUGACCCCCACAUCGCAGCUCUCAUGGCGACACAGGGUCUGGCAUGUCGUCCGAUGAGCAUCAUCAGCUUCAAUAGCGAUGGCUGCUCCGUGGAUGCCCUUGCUUCAGAUUCACAGGCCUCUGCACUUCUUGGGGGCUCUGUUAAGGAUGGAGCUGCAGAGAGCUAUCAUGUGUCUGCAACAAGCUGCGGGGUUACAGAGGUGGUUGCCAAGGCCGAGGUGGCAAUGGCCAGGCUGCGCAUGGAAGGGGAGGCUUUAGCGCCCGUCAUGUCUCCCAUCACCUCCUGGAUGAGUGAUCUGAGUAUGUGCAGUGAAGCUGAUCAGUCCCUCCAUAGCUUCAGCCAGUCUCAAAGUCAGCAAGGGGAGGCCUUGGCUGAAGUUAACCCCUCUUGCAGACUGGAUGGGUCAGGCAAUAAUGAAAGCAGUUUAAGAAGAGGAAGUCUUGAAGGAGAGCUGUCAGAGAAAGAGAGGGAAACUCCAACCAAGGAUAGGCUGAGAAAACUGCCUCCAUCCAUGGCUAAAACCACCAUUCAGUCUUCUAUGGCACUUGGGAACCUCUCUACUUUCAAAACCCCGAUCAGUGCUCACCCAUGUGUAGCUAGUGGAUGCUCCUCACCAUCAAAGUUCUCUGUGAUAAACACACCACCAUUAGCUUCUAUUUCCAGUGAGCUGAGCUUUGAGGACCCCUGGCUGAAGCGCAGUAUGGAGGAGAGACAUUCGAAGAGCCAUUCAGGAGUGAAAACUGAAGAAGCUGGGAAUGGGAACCUUCAGAAUUUCUGCAGAGAUGCAGUUGAAGAUCACGGGGGCUCUAGCUCAGGCGGGGAGGUGGUAUCAUCCCCAGAGUCCUUCAAGAGAGUGGUGGAUGGUUGUGAGAUGGUCGCUGGUAUAAUAGCCCAAGGAGAGGCUUUGAGUGAUAACUACAACCCAGAAAUCCAUCGCACUGCCAGUCUUCCUCGUGGCUGGCAUCGUCUGAACCGCCACGACGGCUUAGAGAACACAGCGGACUACAAGAAGAAUAUCGGUGCCACCUCUUCAACUCCCUGUAGUCCUCGUGCCACACUUGACCGCCGGGGAUCAACUGGGAAACAGGGCUUUUUCUCCCACAAGAAGGGAGGCAUCCCACCUUUGCCUCCUGUACGCAAGUCCAGCCUUGAGCUGCGUAACAGGGCAGCUAGUCCACUUCAUCAACCCCUUCAUGCGGUCUCCAUGAUGGGAAGCUCUUCAGAUGAUAUGGUGGGAUCUGGAUGUGGCAGCAGACAACGAGGCUGCAGCACAGAUAGCAGUAGACUCUUCAGUGCCAAGUUGGAGCAAAUUGCGAGCAGAACUAAUUCUCUGGGUCGAACCCACAGUGGUUCCCACCACUAUGACUGCUUCUCCUUAGAAAGAGGAGAGAACCUCAGAGGGAGUGGACCCAAAGGUGACGGUAGCAUGCCUCGUACAGGACGCAGCCUCACCCGUGCGGGAUCGGUAUGUUCUCCCUCUGGAAACAGUUUCGGAGCCAGUCCUGGUUCCAACAGCGCUCCGCAGUCACCGGCAAAAUCCAGCGGCCAGUCAAAAAUCUCAGCUGUCAGUAAGCUCUUGAUGACCAGCAGUCCUAAAGCCAGGAGUCUGUCUGCAUCCAGCACAAAGACUCUCAGCUUUUCUACCAAGUCUCUGAGCCAGGCCUCAAGUAGAAGCUCAAGCCUGCCUCCUAAUGGAAAGCCCCAGACCACCAUCCAGGGCCCGGUGCAACAGCAGGGACCCUCUCCUGCAUCCUGGUCUACACAGUCUCUGAGCCGCAAUCGAGGGGGAAGCUUUGCUGCCAAGCUGCCACUGCGGGCUGUCAAUGGUCGUAUCUCAGAGCUUCUCCAAGGAAGUGCAGGCUCACGUUCAAGGAGUCAUUCCCAGGGAGGAGGCGCAGAUUCAGGGGAGGAGAAAGGGAAUGGAGGAGCAGGUGGAGGGGUCGCUAUUACAGGAGGUCUUGCUGGAGGCGGUCUGGGGGAGGAGAGAGUUGCAGCUGUCCAAACCCUUCCUUCUCCCUACAGUAAGAUCACUGCUCCACGAAAACCACAUCGCUGCAGCAGUGGCCAUGCCAGCGACAACAGUAGCGUCCUGAGUGGCGAGCUGCCCCCGGCCAUGGGGAAGACGGCCUUGUUCUACCACAGCGGAGGCAGCAGUGGCUAUGAGAGCAUGCUGAGAGACAGCAGCGAGAACACAGGAAGUACUUCCUCGGCUCAGGACUCUGUCAGUGAGCACAGCUCAGCCACCACCUCCUCCAGACGCAGCUCCAAGAGCAGCAAGAAGAGCAGGGGCAACGCUGGACACCUGGGGGGUAUUCAGCGUCGUCGGCUUAUCCCAGCACUGACCUUGGACUCCUCCUCCUCCACCUCCCCUCACCGCGCCACCAAACAGGCCACGACGUCCUCAUCUUCCUCCUCCUUGAGCCCAGGUGCAUGCUGGGUAGAUGGCCCUCUGGGGCCACCUGCUCCCACAAACCUCCGAGGUACAGCGGAGACCUUUGAGAUCAAGGUGUACGAGAUAGACGACGUUGAGCGCCUGCAGAAGAGGAGGGACAAAGGCGGGGUUAAGGAGAUGGUGUACAUCAGUGGUAAACUUCGCCUGCUCGAGCACCGUCAGCAGCGCAUCAGCGAGGUCCGAGCAAAGUACCAGUGGUUGAAGAAAGAGCUGGAACAAACCAAACAGUACCUGAUGCUGGAGCCGCACACAUGGACAACUGAAUUUGAGCUGCAGCAGGUCUACGAGGUGGACUCUUUGGAGUAUCUGGAAGCUCUGGAAACAGUGACGGACAAACUGGAGACCAGAGUGAACUUCUGCAAAGCUCAUCUCAUGAUGAUCACGUGCUUUGAUGUGUCAUCCAGACAUCGGUAGAUGGACGGAGGAACUGCCAGGUGGGGGACAACUUUGAAUGAUGAACUCACCUCAGUAAUCCUCAUGUGUCCUCUACUUGUAAGGAAGUAGAAGGACAUACAGAUGGAGGAAGGGGAGCAUGACUCUAUUCGACAUAUCGAACUGGCCUGUAAAGAAGAAGCAGCCUUCAAAUAACCAACUUUACAUGAGGAAUGUAUGUACCACCAUACUGCCAUCUUUUUUAACAAGUGUGACUGAGCACUUUUUCAAAUUGACAAAAGAAGAGUCUGAUGUUGUUGUGCAGUUUUUAAAAAGACCAAGAGAAAGGACAAAUACACGCGAUGACAAAAAGUGCCUUGUUAACAUUUCAACAAUACCAUUAUCCACAUACUGUACAGUAUGGUGCUAGCAUCGUGAAAUACCCAAAAUAUUACAGUAGUGUCUUUGAAUUCAUUGUCAUUUCUUAAUGUGAUGUAUUACUGUGGAUCAUUGUUUCCAUAUACUGUAUGGUAACAACAUACUCAUACAGUACGUUUGCAGGACAUUGGUUGUGAGGCUUAAAAAAAACAAAAAGGCCAACAGUGUGAACGCCAUCUUAUUUACAAAACUUAAAAGGGGACCAAAAAUAUGUUUUUGAAGUUUUAUUAUGGAGAAACUUCAGCACAUAGUGUUUAAACAGGUACAUGUACAAGUGAGGCUGUGUUCACACUUGUCGUUCAAUACCCUGCUGGUCCACAACGACAUGAUAAUAAAUACAUGGUGCGCAUGUUUUUUUGGGGGUGGGAAAUAAAUCUUACAUCAGGGGUGUCCAAACCAUUUACACCAAGGGUUGCAUACAUUUUAUUCUAUAUAUUUAUAGAAAUAUUUGAAGAAAAAAGCUUUGUUAUUAGUUAUUAGUAUCAGCAUUUCAUCUUAGUAUCUUUAUAUUGUGCCUUUUUGCUCAACUUUUCCUCAUUCUUGCUGUUUUUUUUUUUUCUACAAUGUGCUGCGAGCCAAUUAAAAAAAGAACACAAAUGGCCCCCGGGCUGCACAUUGGCUGCACACCCCCGUCACGUAUAUCUUAGCUGCUAAACAGUUAGCAUCAUAACUCCUCCUUUGAGACACUUUCUCCAGCGUUUCUUUGUGACACGACUGCAUCUCUCCAGGUCACUGGUGUGUGUGUGUGUGUGUGUGUGUGUGUGUGUGUGUGUGAGUGGCAGGAAGAAAAGCUUGGGCUUGCUUGCCAAAAAGUCAUUUGGAGCCAGAAAUUUUUCAUUGGGGUGGACAAAGUGAGACCAUUACUCACAUACUGUAGGGGUGGCAAUAAGUUGAUACCUGGAAUGUCUAGAUGGCCAGUGGGGCGCCACCUGCUGUUUGGCAUGUAUACAUCUCUUGGCCCCUGUACAAAAGACAACCCGUCUUUUUCAGACUUUCUUCUAGGGACUGUAUUAUAUUGGGGUCAAUACAAGAAAAACUGCAGACUGCUUAUGCUAUUUUUGUACCUGUCAUGAAAAGCUUCUAAAAUAGUUUUUUAGAAGCCCAGACAAACACAACCAGCAGAGAGACGGCACUUUUGAUGCAUUUGCUGUCAUUUUAACAUCGGUCUGUGCAGCGUUCACAUUUGAGUCGGUCUGGGACCAAACCGAAUUUGACAAGUGUGAGCACAGCCUUAAUCUUGUUUAUCACAGUGUUGUUUUUUGUCUAAAAGCAGCACAUUUGGACCAAAAUCCUGCAGGGCUCACUUAUGUAUACACACACACUAUACAGUAUAUAGUAUAUAUAUAUAUAUAUAUAUAUAUAUAUAUAUAUAUAUAUAUAUAUAUGUACGUAUAUACCUUAUACCAACCCCCUCAACGGAUGUGAUGUCUUUUACCAUGUUUACAAUUUUUGCAGCGUUAAUAAUCCACAAAUGGACGCUUGUCUGGUACAGUAUUUGUAUCUGUGUUGUUCUUCUCUAUUUGAAAAGAAAGAGAAUGAUUUGAUUUGUGUGUAUUUCAUAUUAGGGUGUCCCCUCUGAGUUGAAAGCAGAUGAAACCAUGUUUGUCGGGACUGUAGAUCUGUAAUUACCUCUUCUUGGGCAACAUUCAGUGGAGAUGAGCUGUUUUGGCAAAUUUGCUGACAUUAUCCCCCUCGACCUGCAGUCGUGGAUCUGCAAAGCAUCAGCUAAUGAAGCCCUCCUCGGCCUUUUAUUCCGCAAAUUUUCACAAUUACAGGAUGCCUCAGAGGGCUCUAAAAAUGAUAGUCAUACAUGGAAGUAAAUAUUACAAGUUGUUGACUAUGAGGUAUCCCUGGGACAAACUUGCAAAUUGAGUCUUGGAAUUUCGGCAAAAGGCAAUAGUUUGCAGAAGGUCAAAUUAUGAAAACCAUAAGUGGAGAUAUUGUGUUUAAAAAAAAAAUAUAUAUAUAAAUAUAUUAAUAUAUAAGUAAACAAAAGAAAGAUAACAGCUAAAUGAAGAAGCAGUGAUUUCUGUAGUGUUCCAUGUCUUUCUAAGAUGAUUUUAUAUUACUCUCCUUGGUGCUUGAGAUGUUUAUGCUCUAAAUGUUUGUACAAAUGUAAAUAUCCCAAUGAGUGAAAGUUUAAAAUAGGAGAAAUAACCUUUAAAUUGCCUAUUCUACAUGAUCACCAUCACAGCUUUGCUACUUCACAUUUGUUCCUUGAGGUGUUAAACGUAUUCCAGAUUGGAGGCCAAGUACUGGUCCGUGAUGGGUUGGACCUUUUCAAGGCCAGCUGACUAAGUGAAAGUCAUUUAUGGCAUGGCAAAGUCAUCUAGCGUCAAAACUACAGGCAUGUUUGAUCGACUGGCUCUGUGAUGGGUUUAUAAACAGAAGGUGCAACAUCGGAAUGUUUCCUAUUUUGUCUCUCAGUGGAUAAGAGUGUUUAUGUUAGCUCAGCAGGGCAGGAAAGAGUCAUUUAUUAAGGUGUAUUUAUUUCAAUAUUUUAAAGGUUACUAUGCAUUUAAGAUGAAAACAACCCUGUAUAUAUGUUGCUGAGCCCAUUGCAUAUAUUAAGUACAGUUAAGACCAAAAUGAUUCAUACCCUGGCCAUUUUUAGCUGGUGUUACAUUUGUCUUAUUUUAGCGUUUAGCUGGAAAUGACACCAGAAAAAUGUAAAUGACUUGUUCAUACCCUUUCUCAAUGCAUGCAUUUCAAUAUCAAGUUAAUUUAGCAAAAAUACACAUAAUUACAUGUGCAAAGUGCAUUUCAGGGCACAUUGUUAGGGAAAUGAGGAUGUACAUAACUACAUUCAAAAGGAAUAAAGUAACAUUAUAUAUUAAAACAGCACUAAAUAGGAUGACUAAAUAAGAUAUUAUAGCAGUGUAGUCACUAGAUACCAAAGAGGAAGAUAGAUGCUUUUUAAAAUAGUUCUAUAAAAAAAAAGUCACGCAUUUAUGAAAUACAGUGUUCCCUCGCUCCAUCGCGGUUCACCUUUCGCAAACUGACUGUCUCGCGGAUUUUUUUGUUGUGUAUGAACGCGGUUAGAGGCCGAGCCUGGCCCUUUAAGAAGAAUUGCACUGUGGGAAGUUGAGUAUUGUAGUUCUGUGCUUUAGCACGAGGCGGCGGUGUUCUCUCUGUUCUCUCUGCACCGCCUAUUUUCUGUGGCCUGAUUGGCUGUAGACCAUUGUCAAUCAAUCAAUCUCCUCCUUGCCGUCUCUUGUUGCGUUCAUGGCUAGCAAACUAGCUAACCAUGUGAGCUGCUUGCUAACUGCCAAUACUGUAAACAAUAGAAGAAACAGAUGAAGCUAACCGUGUGUGACUCUGAACGCUGUAUGGUUGCUGUUUUCUCCCUGUCAAAAACCACAAUGUGGACGAAAUGCACCUGAAAGGCAGAGGAAACCAGCCAUCACACAAAAAAUUGGACUUCCGGACAUGCUGAAGGAAGGCAGAAGUUACGCGGCUGUAGGGCACCAUUAUGGGUUACUGUAAAUGAAUCUUCGGUUCAUGGAGGACGAGGAGGAGGAGUAAAACACGACGACAGAAGCAAUAUGUUUUAACAAGGAUACAAAAACGCCACAGCCAAACGGCGCCACGACGAACAGGCACGGCCAAAUGAGUGAAAUACACGACUCACUUAAUAAUUUUUUGUGUCCAAUGGGUUGAUCAUUAAAAUUUAAAAAAAAUUCGAACUUGAAACAAAAAAGAAAAGUGAGAAAUGUUAAUGCCUGUCUGAGAAACGUGUAUAAAGUGUCUGGUGAGGGGGUUUACAGCCUUAAAACAUAUAUAAUCAUUGUCAAAAAAAAUUAAAUAAAAAUAAAGUUGGCUACUUCACGGAUUUCACUUUUUACGAGCUAUUUUGGGAACGUAUCCCCCGCGAUAAACGAAGGAACACUCUAUUUUAAUUUAUAUAUUUUUCCCCACCCUGAAUAAGUCUGCAACCUACUUUUUGGUCCAGAGAAUCCUUGCUCAAAAUUAUGCAUAAAGAAGUUAUGGCGUUUACUAAAAAUUGUCAGAUAAAAUCACAGAUGUGAACAUUUUCCAAUAUGUGGAAACCAAUAAAAAUGGUGAAUAGGUUUCAUUCAUCCUGGGGAUAUUGAAUGGAUUGCAACUGCACUGUUUAGUUUGUCUUGGAAAGCAUUUUGCUUCUCAUCUGAGCAGGCUUCAUCAGUUCAUGCUCCAAGACUAGAUAGGACAGCCCAAGUCUUCUAUGGACAACUUCAACAGUCCCAACAGCUAAAAUUGGCCAAGGUAUUAAAUAUUUUGGGGCUCAACUGUACAAUAUAUACUGAACACAUAUCAUUUAUAUAAACAAUUUUUUUUUUACUUCUUUACUUCGUCUAUUUAGUGACUUCUGUUGCUUUAAAAAAAAAAACAUGCACACACAUUGUACUGUAUUUAACAUGAUGGUGGGUUAGUGGCGCAUGCAUAUCGCCAAUGUGAAGAUGCUAUGUGUGAGAUUUAUUUCAUGAGUCAGAAAGACAUUUUCAACUGUCUGAUGUCAACUUUCAGGAAUAGUGUUUUAUAUACAGCAAGUGAUUAAUCACGAGGUACUUCAAGUGAGCUUAUGUGUUGUAUGUGAAGCUGACACACAGCAUCUGAAGUGCAAGGUGAUGAUGCCUGAACGAUGACCAAAUUUUCCCAAUUUACAAAAAAGAAAAACGUCCUUUACUUGUGAUUAUUUCUAGUGGUCGGUAUUUCUGUUUAAAGUUUGUCAGUUGUAAGUGCCAAUCCCGUUCUGCAGAAAGAACGGGUGGAGAUCUGCGCUCGCUCGGUGUGGAAAAACAAGUAUGUGAUGUGCGAUGUUCUCUGUGCAUGAUUCAAGGCUGGAACGUCUUUGACACAGCGUGUUGCUGGAGGAACGUGAUGGGGGAAUGUAAAUAAAGGAAUGUAUUCAACCUAUUGUGCCUGUGCCAUGUG